AUGUCUUGAGGAUGUCAGCUAGAGGCAGGAACAGACCCCCCAGCGGGGCCGCAGGGGUGCUGACCCUUCCUCUCUCUGCAGGUGGCGCUGCCGCCGGAUGGGAGUGCCUGGGCCCGCGCACCAUGUCAUCAUGCGUCUCUAGCCAGCCCAGCAGCGACCGGGCCGCCUUCCAGGAUGAGCUGGGGGGCGGGGGCAGCAGCGGCAGCGAAGGCCAGAAGCCCUGUGAGGCCCUGCAGGGCCUCUCGUCCCUGAGCAUCCGCCUGGGCAUGGAGUCCUUCAUCGUGGUCACCGAGUGUGAGCCGGGCUGCGCGGUGGACCGCGGCCUGGCCCGGGACCGGCCCCUGGAGGCCGAUGGCCAAGAGGUACCCCUCCACGCCUCCGCCUCCGGGUCCCAGGCCCGGCCCCAGCUCUGCGGUCGCAAGCUCUCUCUGCAGGAGCGGUCCCAGCUGGACGCGAAUGGACGCUGCAUCCACCCGGCCCUGUCCCACUCGCCCGUGGGCUCCCCGCAGUCGUCGCCGAGGCUGCCCCGGCGGCCCACGGUGGAGUCCCACCACGUCUCCAUCACUGGCAUGCAGGAUUGUGUACAGCUGAAUCAGUACACACUGAAGGAUGAAAUUGGAAAGGGCUCCUAUGGUGUGGUCAAGUUGGCCUACAAUGAAAAUGACAAUACCUAUUAUGCGAUGAAGGUGUUGUCAAAAAAGAAGCUGAUCCGACAGGCAGGCUUUCCACGUCGCCCCCCGCCCCGAGGCACCCGGCCAGCUCCGGGAGGCUGCAUCCAGCCUAGGGGCCCCAUUGAGCAGGUGUACCAGGAAAUCGCCAUCCUCAAGAAGCUGGACCACCCCAAUGUGGUAAAGCUGGUAGAGGUCCUGGAUGACCCCAACGAGGACCAUCUGUACAUGGUGUUUGAGCUGGUCAACCAAGGGCCUGUGAUGGAAGUGCCCACCCUUAAACCACUCUCUGAGGACCAGGCCCGUUUCUACUUCCAGGACCUGAUCAAAGGCAUAGAGUACCUACACUACCAGAAGAUCAUCCACCGGGACAUCAAACCUUCCAACCUGCUGGUGGGAGAAGAUGGCCACAUCAAGAUUGCCGACUUUGGCGUGAGCAACGAGUUCAAGGGCAGUGAUGCGCUUCUCUCUAACACCGUGGGCACACCUGCCUUCAUGGCGCCUGAGUCGCUCUCAGAGACCCGGAAGAUCUUCUCUGGGAAGGCUUUGGAUGUUUGGGCCAUGGGUGUGACGCUGUACUGCUUUGUGUUUGGCCAGUGCCCGUUCAUGGACGAGCGGAUCAUGUGUUUACACAGUAAGAUCAAGAGUCAGGCCCUGGAGUUUCCAGAUCAGCCUGACAUAGCUGAGGACUUGAAGGACCUGAUAACCCGCAUGUUGGACAAGAACCCAGAAUCAAGGAUUGUGGUGCCAGAAAUCAAGCUGCACCCCUGGGUCACGAGGCACGGGGCGGAGCCGUUGCCAUCGGAGGACGAGAACUGCACGCUGGUCGAGGUGACCGAAGAGGAGGUCGAGAAUUCGGUCAAACACAUUCCCAGCCUGGCAACCGUGAUUCUGGUGAAGACCAUGAUACGGAAACGCUCCUUUGGGAACCCGUUUGAGGGCAGCCGGCGGGAGGAGCGCUCAUUGUCAGCGCCUGGAAACCUGCUUACCAAAAAACCAACCAGGGAGUGUGAGCCCCUGUCUGAGCCCAAGGGGACAAAAAAAAAAAGACUUGACUCCAUGACAUCGACCUUGGCCGCUGGCUGGCUGAACGGGCAGGUGUGAGGAGUUGCAGACCCAAAGCCACAUGCAUUUUGGGACAAUUGCUUUUUAAAACGUUUUUAUGCCAAAAAUCUUUCAUUGUGAACUCAGAACCAUGUCAGAUAUACCAAGUGAAUGUGUGGGGUUUGAAAAUCAUGAAAAACUGGCAGAAAACUCUGGUGGUGUGGGCUGAGACCACAGAGUUAGUUGCUGCGUUUGAAAGGGAGAGGAAGAGGGGGUGUGAUUCCUCCUACAAACCCUGAAACCCCCGAACUCCAAGCCAGUUGGCACCUUCCAGGACUGUGGACUCACGGAGUCAGGGCAGGGCCAGCCCUCAGUAGCUGCAGGGAGCUUCGAUGCAACUUAUUUGUAAGAAGGACUUUAAAUUUUUUUAUGGGUGGAAUUGUAGUCAGGAAAAGGGAAAGGGCUUGAAGCUUAAUUGCUUCACAAAGGGGGAUUUUCCACCCCCAGAAGGGUAGUCUGUGCUUGUUUGGGGAGGGGGGAAAGGGUUCACCUAAAGGACUGAUGGUCACAGCAGGUUUCUGAAAUAGUUAACUGAGCUCUGGUAAAUCUCUUGUUAAAUUACAAAAACUUCAGGGUGAAAUCCUACACUUCCAUGUACAUUACAUGGCUUAAGAGUAAACAAAAUAUUUUCAAUUCUCUAACAAGACUGAACUCUAGAGUAGUUCAGGGGUCAUUUCGAGCUUCCAGGAUAUGUUCCCCGGCUUCAGGCAUGUUAGAUCCCAGUUAGAGCCUCUGGCUGUAUAUUAGCAGUUUAGUUUGUUGGUAACUUGUGUAUUCUAGAGACGCCAAAGUUCUGUUUUCUUAAAUACUAGCUGAUUGUUGUAGUCCGUGAAACACUUAGUUUCUGGGGGGCCAGUUAUGAAAUACUUUGAUUCUCAUCCUGACAGGCAAAGUUCUAUUAGGAUCUACCAAAUAACUCUGGGGCACCCUUUUAGAGAAGAUUGUUGACACCCAGAGCAGUCCUCAGGGUCCACGAGGACCAGGGCUUGGCACAGGGAGUUCUGUUUUGUAGCCAGAAGUCCAGAGAGAAAAGGUUUACCUUUUUGACUUCCAACUAAUACUGGGAACUUUCAUUGCUAUUCAAGUGCAACUUUUUCCAGAGCCGGAUACGGGUGAGUGUGAAGUUCAAGGGGGAGGAAAACUAGAAGGCCUUUGCCCUGGGAAAUUCCCAGUGCUUUGUGGACUCUGGCUUGGGGGAAAUAGCGUCAGUAACUGGGUCCAGAGGCCAUGCUUUUCUGUAGUUUCUGUCUGAUCAUUAUUGGUAGGAGGACUUCUUGGAGAGAGACAGUGAAGCAAGGCCUUCCUGCCCUUGCCUGGUUUAUUCACGGAACCUGAGUGUUACUGGCUUCCACAGAUCUUCGUAAGCUCUUGAGUGUCAUUUAUUUAGCCAGACUUUUCUUGAUAUCUUGCAAACGAUACAGAAUUAGGGAAUGCUGGUUUCUAAGAGCAAAGGACACCCAUCAGAUGAAGGGUUGUCUGGCCUGCUUACUUUCUUUUUUGUAACCUGGUACUUCCUCUCGAAUUCCUGCGCUUGUUUAUAUAUAUGGGCAACACCCCUUCUGGGAGCAGAUGGGGUCUGGUUAGUUUGCAGUAAGCACCUUGCGGUAGUUAAAGUCACCCUGUCCUAGGUCCCAGCCUGUCUGUGUGGACUCUGGCCUGGCCGAGUGGCUUGCCCAGGGAGGGCGGGCAGCAUGUGGAGCUUCUGCGUUCUAGAACUUCUGUGUUUAUACAGCUGCAUCAGGCAAGACUGUUUCUUCCACCAUGAAACUCCCCAUGUCGGAUUUCCUCCUAUGGGUAAUGCCGGCUGUUUAGGCGGGUGGGGGGGGGGGGGGGGAGGCCCGUAUUCAUAACUUUUUUUUUUUUCAAAGAAUCACCAAAGAAAGCUGUGGGAAGGAAUCACUACCCCCAGAAAGUAUAAGCAGAGGGCCGUACCAUAGAGUGUAGAGCUACCAUUCUCUCAGAGCACAAACAUUGAUUUUUCAGAAGCCGGCUCUGUCAGGAAAGGGGAGAAGCUGUCACGGGCAGCUUUUCUAGGUGAGCCAAAGGAUGCCCUAUCAGUUUCUUCCAUUGCUGGCUCAUCCGUGGGACCAAUUUGGUAUAAGCAACCUGGGCCCUUGUGCAAGUUCUUGCUCCUUCUUCCUCUGCCCUGCUCCACGUCCCCUGUCUCUUCCGCAGGCUUACCAGGGGCUCGCAGAAAGCCUUAGCUAGCCCCUCAUUGGCUCUGGGGGCUGGAGAGGCUGGCUUCCCAGGGUCUGGCCUUUCCUGUGAGUCAGGGCUCCCAUCCUAAAAGCCCUUUUGGAACAAGGAGGCGAAUACCUGAGCAUUUGGACACACACGCUCAACCUAUUGCUCUCACUCAUCUUUCAAAGGGGAGCUUUGCGUUGCUGGGCAAGGAAGAACCAUGACCUCCACUUGCUUCCAAGGUGCUAGGGAAUGUUUCCAGGUCGUCGGUUCCCAUCCUCUUCACAGCUUUAUGGGCCGAGUUCUGUGGGACUGCCGAGUUUUCUAUUCUGUGUUUGAUUUAAUGCCCGAUGCUUCUGUUUUAUUCCUGAUCCUUUCUACUAUGCAUUUUCCUUUUAUCAGGUGUACAAAGUUAAAUACUGUGUAUUUAUCACUUAAAAAGUACAUGAACUUAAGAGAAAAAUAAGCCUUUGGUGUUUUUUCCACAGAUGUUUAAGCUUCUCUGUAAACUUGAAAUAAACAGCAAAAUGGUGCAAAGCCUGGGCCUUUGGGGGAUAUUUUUGUUGGUUGUUGUUUAUAGGUGUCUCUAGGACAUCGUCUUUAUGGGUGUUUUCCUUCCUUAGGCUAUGAGAUCAAAUGCCCAAGCCAGGGCUAAUGUGUUCAGCAUUACGUUAUUCAUGCCCAGUAUAACCAUCUCCUAGUAUCCCGCUACUGAAAGUGUGGUCCCCGGGCCAGGAGCAUCCGCAUCUCCUGAGAGUGCUUUAGAAAUACAAAUUCCCAGGCCCCACUUAAAAAGAUACCCGGGUGACUCGUGUGCAUGCUAAAGUCCGAGAAGUACUGCUCUAGCAGGCUAGAUUCUCCCAGUGGAGACGAACCAGAUGAACAGCUCUGGGAGCCGCAUUAAUUGCACACGGAACACUGUCCUGUGAGCAGGCAGGUUACAGGACACAUCACCCCGCGAGGUAGGUAUUUAGCCCGUUUUAUGGAUCAUCACCUGUAAACUGAGGCUCAGAAAUUUACUUAAGUCUGUUGUCUGAAGGCUCUUUGUCAGCAAAUUCAGCGUUCUACAGAACCUGGACAGUUGCCGGUUUUCGUGGCGUCUGGAGACUGUUUCAGAACUGAUGCUUCCUCCAGACUAGAGGCUGGGAGUUCCCUGUACUCCAAACGUGAAGUGAGCCCAGAGCAUUGCUUCACUGGCUUUGAACCUCGGUUUUCUGUUAUGAAGGGAUGGCAGAGAAGUUCUGAAAACUUCCUGUUCUGUUGCUGCAGAACUGUGAUUAUUGGAAUAUGGGUCUUUAAGAGCAGGUGUUCCUAUUCAAAGACCCCACUGAGAAUCUGAUGAACGCUAAAAACAAUGCACACAGGUGCAUCCCUUUGCUGAGUUUUAAGGGUUCCUGAGACUCCUGAAAGUCCAUCCACGCGUGCAAGGGGAAGCAGCAGCACCAGGGAGUGCCAGCACGUGGGAAUAUAGCUGAAUACAAGAUGCCUGGUGAGUAAAAUAAGCAAUCCCUCCCCCACCCUUCACCCCAGCUGGCUGUGGCGUUCCAUCUGAGCUAAGGCCGAAAGAAGUGGCCCCCGGUCCAGAAACUCCGUUCUUAGCCUGCGAGAUGAGAAGCCAUCCCUAAAACGUCCACUUCCAUUUGAUCCACGUGUUCAGGCAGGCGUUGUUUUCAAAGAGGACGAACCAGAGCUUUUUAUUCAAAGGGGUUCGGUAAACUUCCCCCCCCCCCCCGCCCCCAAAGCA